UCGGUGGCCGAUAAUAUGCCUGCCGGUUCUGCUGGCAGCGUCGGCCUGCGGGAGCGACAUCCUCAUGGUCACGAUGGGUGGCACCAAGUCACACAAGAUACCAUUCCUGGAGCUGGCGAGGGGUCUCAUUAUGAGGAACCACAAUAUCACACUUAUCAGCCCGUUCUCCCCCGACUUCCACAUCGAGGGCUUGGAGGAGAUCGUCCCAGAAGGCCUGAAUUCCUUCGUGCGCGGCUACAUGACCUUAGACCUGGUCGGGGCCAGGAUGAGGGGAGAAGAGCCGCUUCCUUAUAAAGAUAUCAUUAGAUACGGUUAUGAGGCAUGUGAGGCCUUCCUCAGCGAUUACGAGACGAGGUCCUUUUUAAGGUCCGGAAGGAGUUACGAUCUGAUCAUUUUGGAUGGUGCCUAUCCGGAAUGCGCUUUGGGCCUGGUCUACCGGAUGAAGGUGCCGUUCAUGUACAUUAACACCGUGGGCUUUUACGCUGGCCCAACGAGCAUAUCCGGCAGUCCAGCGCCUUACUCCGUCACACCGAUCUUCGCCAAAGCUUUCACCGACAACAUGGGAUUUGUUGACAGAGCGUUGAACGCCUUUUGGCACCUCGGAGCAAUGCUGGGGCAUAGAAUAAGCGUGACCAUACUGCAAGGGGUGCUGAGGAAGCAUUUCGGUCCGCAAAUUCCGCACGUGUACGACAUGGGGAAGAACGUCAGCUUUAUUCUCCAGAAUGGGCACUAUUCGGUGUCCUACCCGAGACCGUUUCUGCCAAAUGUUGCUGAAGUAGCGUGCAUUCAUUGCAAAGAAUCUAAGAAGUUGAAUUCCGAUCUGGAAGAAUGGAUAUCUGGGGCCGGAGAAGCGGGUUUUGUUUACGUUUCGAUGGGAUCUUCAGUUAAAACUAACAAAAUGCCUUUAUCCGCUCAUCGUCUCUUCGUUGAUGCCUUAGGAAGAUUACCGCAAAGGGUUCUGUGGAAACAAGAUGGAGUCCAGAACUUGACUGACAUCCCGUCGAAUAUACGCCUUUAUAACUGGUUACCGCAACAGGAUUUAUUAGGUCACCCCAAAAUCAAAGUAUUCAUCACCCACGGAGGUCUUCUCAGCAUGUUUGAAACAGUCUACCACGCAGUCCCGAUCAUCAGUAUACCAGUCUUCUGCGACCACGAUUCCAACGCGGCCAAAGCUGAACUAGAUGGUUACGCCAAGAAACUCGACCUUCAAUAUCUAACCUCAGACAAAUUGUACAAAGCUAUCAAAGAAGUAAUAAACGAGCCCAAGUAUAAGUUACAAGUUAAAAAUAGGCAGGUGCUUUUAAGAGAUCAGAAAGAAACUCCUUUAGAAAGGGCUAUCUAUUGGACCGAGUACGUGAUGAGGCAUAAAGGAGCUUAUCAUUUGCUAUCGCCGGCUAAGGAUUUGAAUUUCUUCCAAUAUUACAUGUUGGAUGUAGCAGUCACUUUUCUAAUUAUCUUGUUAACAAUUUACGCUCUUAUUACUUAUAUGGUACGAUUGAGUUUCAAAUGGCUGAUCGAUUACGUACAGAGUAAACGUAUGGAUAAUUUGAUUGACAAGUCAAGCAAUUUGUUGAAUAGAUCGACGAAAUUAAUAGACCGAUCGUCGUCAACGAAGAAAAAGAAGUUAUAAGAUAUAAAUACCAAGCUAAAGUUAUAGCCAAAACGCCGCGUCUAACCUGUUUCCUACGUGGAGUUCAAGCAUGCGUCCCGCUUGCGACCAAUCACAAGCCUUGCUAAAACGUGCGCUUCGUCUGAUUGGUCGUUCGCUUCUCGUAAUCUUGAAUGCCGCAAAUGAUGCAGGUUUUACGCCACGGUUUGGCCUUGCCUUAGUGAUAAAUUUGUUAGUUACCGUAAAAGUUACCCUAAGAGAUUAACACUCGUAUUCGCAAAAGUUACUAUGAAGAAAGCCUCACAGCAUUCUAAAAGAAAGUGUG